CCCGCCCUCCACACAGCCACUGAGCUGCUGCCCUGCUGUGUGGAGACCUGCAACAUUUCAGGAUCCCUUUUUUAUUCUGUCUCAGUUGGUGGAAGGAAGCAGAAGCUCAGUUCAUGCGGACUCCUUAAGUUUAACCAAAGCCCUGGAGGCGACACACCACCACAGCAGCUCCUCGAAACCUCACGGAGCAGCAGAGAUCCAGGGCCCCUCUCCCAUGGUUGUGCCCACGAGAGGAUGGGCUCUUUCCGCAGACCCCGACCUCGCUUCCUGAGUUCGCCGGUACUCAGUGACCUACCCUGCUUCCAUGCUGCCAGGCAGGCCGCACUGCUGGGUUCCAACAGGGCCUGGAACAGCGUGCAUAAAGCAGUGAUCAAAGUGUUCCAGGGAGGAAGUUUGCAAGAUAAUGAACUGUACUCUCUGAAUGAAAACAUACGGCAGCUGCUGAAGAGUGAGUUGGGUCCGUUCAUCACUGACUAUUUCCAGAACCAUCUUCUUUCAAAAGGCUUGAUCUUGAUGGAAGAAAAGGUGCGAGUCUGUGAAGAUGAAAAUCUUUUGGAAGCUUUAACAAGAAGUUGGGAUAAUUUCUUCACUGAAAUCCUACCCAUGUUACAGGCCAUAUUUUACCCUGUGCAGGGGCAGGAACUAACCAUUCGUCAGAUGGCUCUGCUUGGCUUCCGAGACCUGGUGCUAUUGAAGGUAAAUCUGGAGCAGGUGCUUCACCAGCCUCACGCUGAUGUACCUCCAUCCAUCACACAGAUGCUGCUAGUGCUUCAGGGAGCUCAUGAACCUAAAGGCCCAAGUGAGGAGUAUGUCCAGCUGGAGCGACUGGUGCAGUUAGUUGUCUCCCCCUAUCUGGGCACCCAUGAACUCCUCUCCAGGGACAAGAAUGUUGCAGAUACUGUCCACAUAUUUGAUCGAAGAUUUGCCGGACAUAGAUCAAAAAUGGUCGAUUUUAUGAGCGAUGAGUGUGAAGUAAAUGCAUCCAAUGAGACAAUGCUGACUCCUUUAAUCGAGCAAGAAGGCGAGGCCUACUUAGAGAAAUGUGGAAAUAUCCGACGUCACACGGUGGCCAAUGCACCCUCUGAGCUUCAGCUUUUAGCUAUGACUUCCAUGUUGCACCCUGGAAUGGUGGAAGAACCUGACACUGAAGAGAAAUGUCUCCUGAUGCCACCCAGCCUUAACCACAGACACUACUCCAGUGAACCUAAUAUCCCAGAACCUCAGUCUGAGGUGGUGGUAGUCUCGCUGCAGGAGUCUUCUGACAUUAAGUGUACAGCACUUGGCUAGAUCACUAAGUCAUUGUUUUGUUUUAGGCACAUUGUUAGUAUUCGCUGAAGGCAGUAAUCCCAUGACCUGACUGUGAUGUAUCUCAGGGUCAAACUGUGAAAUGGCCUUAAACAAACAAACUUCAUUCAAGCUGGUCAUGUGGAUUGGACGUACUGCACUUCUAAUCCAGGCCCUUUCUGUUAUCAACUGAACAUACCUCAGAACUCGAAACAGUGAUGGCAGAAAGAAUGAAUUAUGUUAAUACAUCGGGACACUGUGGUUAUGGAGGCCCUAGUGAAAUUAAAUUUUAAAAGAGAAGAAACCCAGCGCAGUAAAUUUGCACUAAAGAUAUCGAACAAUUGAGACAAGUCUUGAACUUUGAAACCCAUGAUUGCACUGUACCUGCAGCAUUGUUUAAAUACUGGAUAUCGAUUUUUGUCCCUCUCGUGCCUCCCAACAAACCAUUGGUUUUAGUCAGACUGUUGGCCAGAAAUGUCAUCAAUUCCACUCAACGUCAAUCUGCCUUUUUCGGACAGCUAGACAGAAGUACUUUUUGAAUGGGAGUUCCAAAUCAAUGUGAGCUCAGUGAAUUUGGGUGAAGGUUUCCUGUACGCACUGUGUGUGAUGAAAUGUGUUGUGUUCCUCAUUCAUUAUAAACACAUUUUUGAUUAUUCCUUUACAUGUAGCACACUGAGGAAAUCAGAAGCAGUACCCAACCAUUGCAGCAUGCCCUGCAAAUGCACGCUUUGCAAUAUGCGUCUGUACUGAAGGGAGAAUGUCAGUUCAUCAGCUCCUGAACUUGAAGGGUCCUGGUAACACUGGAAUCAAUCCUAAACUACAGGUUCCUUUAAAAUCAGCUCACUUCACCUCUCAACCGUAGUUCUGACAUUGGUCGCAGUUAACUUUGAGCACACUGACUUGACUGUUCUGCUACUACCCCCGCAGAAGCUUUCUUCAACCUUAACCCUGCUGUCUCAGGAGCAGGGUUUCUUUUUCAUUUUUACAAAUAAACUGUGGAUUAUUUUUGUGAAAA